AUGUCGGAAUCAUCAGUCUCAACUCUCCGAGACACUCUCCUCCGGUUAUCGAAUUCAAUCGCAAACUCUCUCGCCGCAACUCCAUACACUUCUCACAAAACCUCCAACAUCUCCGUCAAAGCCUUUCUCGAACCCCUUCUCACUUCCACAAAUUCCACCAUCAACGCUUCCAUCAAAGACUUCGCUCUAGCAUGUGCUUUGUUAUCCUCUUCCACACACGCCAAUUCAGAGUUUCUCUCAUGGAUCCCCGAUCACCUUUCCUCCCUUGCAACUGCUUCCUUUUUCGAGCUCUCCCAAGCGUACCUCAAUGUCUUCGAUGAUAGGAACUCUCAGAAGGUGGAAGAGUUCGGUUUGGAUUGUAAUUUGGUUCCUGUACAGAAGAGGUUGCUUCUGGAAUUGUUGCCUGAAGUACUUCCUUUUCUGAAAGAUGGAAUUAAGGAGAGUGCAAUUGAUAAGUCUGAGGAGAGUGAUGAGUUCUCUGCCGCGUCUGCUAGAGUUCCCGUUGGGUUUGCGAUUCUUGCUGCUCAUCAGCUUAGAUGGUUUGUUACUCAGAUUGAUUAUCCUCAUUUGGGAAAAUUGUGUGGAUGGGUGAUUCCUUGUGCGCUGACUGCUGUUGAUCAUUGGUCGCGGAGAAAUCCUACACCAAGAGGGUCUAGUUUUAAUCAUGCUGAUUUUUAUUCGAUGGUAAAUGAAAGGAACGUGAGUCCUAGACAAUCUAACUUUGGAAGUUUGGGUCUUGAUGAGGAAAAUGGUGUUGGUGGAGUCAAUGGUGGUUGCUAA